CGGACGUCACGUAGAUCCAGUCCGACCAACCUUUAGCUUAGCCUUUCAAACUCUUCCGUUAUUGUGCUAGAUUUGAUUCGGACCGCUCCCGAACCGGUCGCGUUUAAGAAGCUGGAGGUUAAUAACCCUGCCCAGACGGUUGUGAAGGACGUCCGUUCAUCCGACAGCUUUAAAGAGCUCCGUGUUCAGCGACCAGGAGUGAAUUUCAUGCGUUAGCCCGAGGUGAUCUCCAGAAGAAACAGCAGUCAUGGGCUCCAGAGCUUCAUCUUUACUCAGAGAAGAGGACAUUGAAGAAAUCAAGAAAGAAACUGGAUUCUCCCACAGUCAGAUCACUCGCCUCUACAGCCGCUUUCACAGUCUCGAUAAAGGAGAAAACGGAGCGCUCAGUCGAGAAGACUUCCAGAGGAUUCCCGAGUUGGCCAUAAAUCCUCUUGGCGAUCGAAUAAUAAAUGCCUUCUUCCCAGAGGGCGAGGAUCAGGUGAACUUCAGGGGCUUCAUGAGGACUCUGGCUCACUUCCGUCCCGUGGAGGAUAACGAGAAAAACAAAGUCCCGGCUUCAGGGGAACCGCUCAACAGCAGGACCAACAAACUUCUCUUUGCUUUUCGGUUAUAUGACCUCGACAGAGAUGACAAGAUUUCUAGAGAUGAGCUUCUACAGGUUUUGAGGAUGAUGGUGGGCGUGAAUAUUUCAGACGAACAGCUUGGAAGCAUUGCAGACAGGACCAUACAGGAAGCCGACACCAACGGAGACAUGUGUAUCUCCUUCAGCGAGUUCACCAAGGUAUUGGAAAAAGUGGAUGUCGAACAGAAGAUGAGCAUCCGCUUCCUUCACUGAAAACCGAACGCGUUCUGAACUCUGAUUUGGAGACCAUCGGUGUCAAUAGAAUUAAGACACGCCCCCUGAUUCUUCCCUCUGUGGGCUGAUUGAUCAUGUCGUCGUGGUUACGGUCGUUCCAUUCGUCUAUCACUCUUGAGUUGCUGUUGCGCUAGCAGGCCGGGUCCAGUGCCUUCGCUGUUUUCAAAAGCCACAGUGACUUUUAUCUUGUGAAAUUGUGUUCGUUGUAGCUGUGAAAGCAGCUGACUAAAACUUUCCAAACGCUUUUUGUCAUGCCCAUUAAUCACCGUCCCAAAGGCCAAAUCUGCGGAGGAGCUUUCCUUCUCACCCAUCAAAAUGAAAUUUCGCUUCUCAAAAUUACCUCGUUGUAUGAGUGCAUAAGGGUGCGUUGCGUUCUCAUAAUUUAUAAUUAUCUUAAAUCAACGCAUAAGAGGGAGUGAAAUGGCGAAUGUUGCGUUUAACCCCAAAAAAUGUAUUUGAGUGGGUUUUUCUUUUUAAAGGCCCAGUAUAUAAUAAGAUAAGCAAUUCAGUUGAGUAUUUAUAGUUUCCCCACACUCUCGUUUCAUUACAAAUGAAUAGAUGCGAUUAAAUUUAGGUACAAUUUUUAAAGUUGAAGCGUGUCAUUUUGUCUCAAUGUGGAACCAAAUGAAACUUUAGAUUUGUUUAUGCAUCCAAAUUUGACGUGAAAGCAUUACCCUGAGUAUUAAACGGUACGAGAUGAAGUUGUGCGUCGUUCAUCUCAUCUAUCUUAAAUAGUUUGCUCGGCAGACAACAGUUGAAGGAAAAAAAAUCAGACCUUGCAUUCGAAAGAUGGGCUCAAGGUAUAUAGAGGGACCAUAAUAUAGCAGCUCGUGCUGCAUGUAUUUAUUUAAUUUCAACUAAUUUAGAACUAUGGAAGCCCAUAAAGAUAAUUGCAACUUUUUUUUCUCGCAUUUCAGACCAACUCAUAAUUGCUAGACAUAAGAGAGGAAAAAGUGGCAGUUACCUUUUCAUUUUUUUUUUUUUUUUAUUCGGUGGCGAAAAUAGGCUUCAAUAUUGUCACUUUGAAACUUUUAGCAACACUACAAUAUUUUGAACAGCCAAAUACAACUAAUUUCUUCUAGAAAAUGUAAAAAAACCUUUGCAGUUCUGUUUAGAAAUAACUGCCUUCGCCUUUUUAGCUCUCAUUCUUUGUCAGUUUCGAAAUUGAUUUAGCGUUGGGUGUGAUUUAUGACGUAUGUUCUCAGAGUUGUCAUGCAUCAUUAUUUAUAAAAAAGGGUACUUGAAGCCAAACGUCACUCGAUUAUUUGUCCGUUGAUUGAACACUUAAGCUGUUUAGUGUGGCAACUACAGUCUGUUGCAUUUUAAUGCUUAUAUUCUUUCGCUUUAUAGAUCUAUGAACAAAAUCAACGUUACGUGCCCUUGUCCCUGACGGAUGUAAACACUGAUUGUUUGAUUAUCAAUGCUACAAUUAAAUCCACGUAUCGUUCGCCGAUACGCUUCUUAC